AUGACUGACGAGGACACCGAGACCAGCACCAGCGAGAUCGGGGAGGAAAACGAUCUGCCUAUCAUCCAGCUGUUCAGCCUGGUCGAAGAGCUCAGCUAUGGAAACUCUGCUCUCAAAACUGAGACAGAGAUGUUUCAGAAAUAUUUAAAUAAACUGGAAUCCAAGGAACAGCGAAUGCUGCGGUUGUCUGAAAUUAAAAUGUCAGGAUCAGAGUUUGCACAGCUGCGGAGCAGGCGGAAGUCCAAGUCCCGCUCAGGCACUGACCGGCUGACCACCCUCAGCGUGGACCAGAAGUGCGGCCUUGUGCGGAAGGAGCUGGAAGACACCAAGGAGGAGAUAAGGCGCCUGCGGGCCAACGCCGAGCGGGACCUGCAGCAUCACGAGGCCAUCAUUGAGGAAGCUGAGAUUCGGAUGGAUGAAGUCCAGAAAGCAAUGCAAGAGUUUGAAAAGGAUAUUCUGAAAACCAUAUCCAAGAAGAAAGGGAGUAUUCUGGCCACUCAGAAAAUGCUGAAGUACAUCGAGGACGCGAACCGCCGGCGGGAUAAUAUAAAGGACAAAUUACGCUUGAAAAAUGUUUCUCUCAAAGUCAUGAGGAAAAAGCUGCUGUUACAGCUGAGGCAGAAGGAAGAGGUGGGUGAGGCCCUCCACGACGUGGAUUUCCAGCAGCUGAAGAUCGAGAAUGCCCAAUUCCUAGAAACGAUCGAGGCCAGGAACCAGGAGCUGAUCCGGCUGAAGAUGGCGUCCGGGACCACCCUGCAGAUCCUCAACUCGUACAAAACCAGGCUGCAACGAGCCAUAGAGAUGUCCAUCAACCUGGUAAAGGAGAUCCAGCAGAGACACGAGUUGCUUGAAAAAAUUGAGAGAGAAGCCCUGCAAGUAGAAGAGGACCGGGCCAAGGCCGAGGCCGUGAACAAGAGGCUGCGGAAGCAGAUGGCCGAGUUCCGGGCGCCGCCCGUGAUGAUGUACGUCCGGGAGAAGAUCUUCAACGGGGAGCUGGAGAAGACCAUCCGCGUCUGGGAGCGCAAAGUGGAGAUCGCCGAGAUGUCCUUGAAGGGCUACCGCAAGGACUGGAACAAGAUGAAGGCCUCCAACGAGCAGCUGCAGCUCAUCAGCCCCCCCGGGAAGGAGCCGGAGGGAGGCCAUGGGCUGUGGGACCAGAAAGCAAUCCAUUAA